CUUGCUAUCUGCAGGUCCAAUGGCUGUCCACGACGACGCGGGCGACAGACCUACACACGCUUCCAGACGUUGGAGCUCGAGAAGGAAUUCCACUUCAAUCACUCCCUUACCCGCCGACGAAGGAUAGAGAUCGCCCACGCCCUUUGCUUGACGAGAGACAGGGUGGUCUUAAAUGGAGAACCGGAUUACGUGUCAAGGGUCAAGGGAUUUGAUAUUACUCAGGAGAGAGAGACUGACAGACAGAAAGUCAUGCAAGAAAAAAGACAGGAAAAAAAAACAUGCAUGCAGAUAACACCAAACUCAAAAGAAAAGUAA